ACCCCUGCUUUCAAACCACACGAAGUCAACUCUAACAACCAACUGCUUCGAGGAGAAUUGCGAUGGUGGUGCUCAAUCAGAAUGUGAUGGCAAAUACCACUCUGAUGAUGAUCCUAUGGUGGCACUGUCAACAGGAUGGCACAACAAAGGCAGCAGGUGCCACAAGUACAUCAACAUCUAUGGCAAUGGAAGGAGUGUCAAGGCCAUGGUGGUGGAUGAAUGUGACUCCACAAUGGGUUGUAAUGCAGAUCAUGAUUACCAGCCUCCUUGUGACAACAACAUUGUUGAUGCCUCAAGAGCAGUAUGGGAGGCCUUGGGAGGGCUCAUGGAAAUAUACUGGUCUGAUGCAUGAUUGGUUUUCACCAUAUCUGCAUUGCUACAAGCAGGAAAUGCUUAUUUCAUGUUUUCUAGGUUAUUGCUUGAAUAUCCAGAAUAUUGUUACAAGUUGUAACAAUAAGGCUGCACGCUACUCAGCCACUCUGGUCCUUUAAUUUUCAGUUUCCAUCUGGCUUUAGUUGUACAUGCAUCAAAUUUGAAGCAAUAAAUAUUUACCUUUGCC